AUCAGCCUCCCUCUUUCUGCAAAUGGACCACCCUCUACUGUUCUCCUAGUGGACAGUAUUCGCCUGUGCCAUAACUAACUGUAUGCAGGCCUUCAUUCUCAAUGAGACCAAAGACGGGGGGAGACUGAGAGUGAGGCGAGGAGAAUGGAGAGCAUGAGCCUUCAGUGGAAAGACAACUGAGACAUCGAGCUGGGUCCUGACAUCGCCUCCUGGACUGCUCACUGACCCAGAUCUGGAUUGUUUGGUGAUAAAGAGAGGAGGAACCAUGGGAUCUGGAGUGUGGAGCCUAUUUAUUGUGUUUAGUCUGUCUCUAUGGAGCAGCAGUGACGCCCUCACAAAGCACCCCAUCCUCUCAAGGAUACGAAGAGCUCCAGAGGCCAACGGGGAGAGUAAAAAGUGCUCCUAUACCUUCCUGGUACCUGAGCAAAAGAUCACAGGCCCCAUCUGUGCGGCCAGGGGGUUUUCAAAUGACAAAGACAGAGUGACGCGUCUGGACGUGGCUGCAGUUCGUGACCUUCUGUCUAAACAACGACGUGAGAUGGAGACUUUGAAGCUUGUGGUUGACGUUGACGGUAACUUGGUGAAUGAGAUGAAGCUGUUGAGAAAAGAGAGCAGGAAUAUGAACUCCAGGGUGACCCAGCUCUACAUGCAGCUCCUGCAUGAGAUCAUCAGGAAGAGGGACAACUCUUUGGAGCUGGCACAGCUAGAGACACGCAUCCUUAACGCCACCACUGAGUCAUUACGUCUGACUUCCAGGUACAGGGAACUGGAGGCCAAAUACUCAGCCCUGUCUGCCCUAGUGAACAACCAGUCAGUACUGAUUGGUGCGCUGGAGGAACGGUGUAUGCAGGUGUACAGCCGCAGACAUGAACAGCCACCCUUGGGACCUCCGCUGGUGCAGGUGGUGCCUGAGAAUAUUCCUGUAAAUGUGCCACGUUUCACCAAUGAGAUCCAGAGGGACAACACGCGAGGAUUCGCUCGAGAAAGAGGCUCACGCUCUGGACCGUCUCCCACGAGCAGCACCCUGGAAGCCCAAAAACUUCAGAACAGGAACUUCAGCACUGAAGGCCCCUUCAGAGACUGCCUCCAGGCUCAGGAAGCCGGUCACAGCACCAGCGGCAUGUACUUGAUCAAACCAGACGAAGCAGAGAGGCCUGUGCAGGUCUGGUGUGAACAGGAUAUAGACAACGGAGGCUGGACUGUUAUCCAGAGCAGACGAGACGGAUCAGUCAACUUUUUCAGGAACUGGGAUAACUAUAAGAGUGGCUUUGGCAACAUAGACGGUGAAUACUGGCUGGGUCUGGAAGGUAUCUACAACCUGGGGAGGCAGGAGGACUACAAGCUGCUGGUGGAGCUGGAGGACUGGAUGGGAAAGAAGGUCUACGCUCAGUACAACAGCUUCCAUUUGGAGCCAGAGAGUGAGGGCUACCGCCUACGCCUGGGCACCUACCAGGGCAAUGCUGGGGACUCCCUCACCAGCCACAACGGAAAACAGUUCACCACUCUGGAUCGAGACAAGGACGCCUUCUCAGGUAACUGUGCCCAUUUCCAUAAAGGAGGCUGGUGGUACAACGCUUGUGGCCAAACCAAUCUUAACGGCGUCUGGUAUAACGGAGGUGUCUACCGCAGCAAAUUCCAAGAUGGCAUCUUCUGGGCUGACUACGGUGGAGGCUUCUACUCCAUGAAGACUGUUCGCAUGAUGAUCAGGCCCAUAGACUGAGGAGAAGCUAUAAACCAUGCUGGUGCAGAGGCAACAGAGGAGAGCAAACUUGAACAUAAUAAUAAAUUGUGACUCUAUAAAUCAACAGUAACUGGUUGAUCCUAGCUGAAAGAACUACAUCCAUGAUGAUUCAUAACAAUCGGUGGUGACUUGAACUGCCGCCUGUAAAAGACACAGACCCUGUGUUGUUAUUAUUAUAUAAUAAUGGGAGCUUACAUAAAGGGAUUUAGGAAUUUAUGACUAUUUAUAAAUCAUUCACCUCCUUUAAGUGCCAAAUAUAUAUAUAAUGGUGAAGAAAUUAAGAACCUCCUGUGCACUUCAUCCAAUAUUAUGCAGUUAAUCAAUGCAAGCUGUUAUUCUGCUUUAGAAACAGCAGUGCUAUCUUUAUUAUUUUACCCCAUUCAGAGGAGGUGCAACAGCACAACAGGCUUUCAUUGAUGCUGAACUCAUUCAUAAGCUUUAGUAUGUCAGGAUCGGAUGCAGCUCUUCCUACCUCGCCAAGAUAAAAGUAUGGGGGAAACACCUAUAUAUGGUUUUUAACUUGUGCUAUAGGAGUUGGGAGCUGGAAAAGACAUUUUGUUAAUUCAUAUUUAGAUCUAUAUACACUCUGUAUCCACUUCCAGAUCUGAAAAACCUCGGGAGGUACUCUAAAAUGUUGGAAAAAGGUGGCUAACAACUAUUUUUCUUGUAUGUUUGAUUACACAUAAACAGUACUGAUUGUAGUUUCCCCUUCGUAGACUUAAAAUGACCUAUACUGUAUGUUUAACUACUUUGUCCAUGUUCAGAUGACCAGAAACUAUAAUAUAUGUGUACGAUUAACUUAUCAUAACAAUGAAACGGGCCUGGUGUCCUGAGGGAAUAGUAAAUUAUCCUACCAAAAAUAGAACUAAUUUCCUCAACUGUAUAUAUGACAAUCAUUCCUGAAGUGUGCUUGCACGACAAAAAACGUAUGGAAAUUGCUGUUAUAUGUUUUUCUCAUUUAAAUGUUGAUUAAAUUUCAGUGUGAGUCCAGGAGAGGACGACCAAUGUUGAGAGAAAAAAGAUGGAAUUACGUUUUGUUUUGAGUGGUUUACGAGCACAAAAAAUAUGCCAACCAAGCGUGUUGAGAGUUAUAGACGCUAGGACAGACAACGAGAAACACAUUGCUGAGAGUCAGACAAGACGGAGGAAGAAAAAGAGAGGGGAGGGGAUGAUUUGGGAUGGAAUCAGUCCAAAUUUCCAAGUUAUUUUUCCCCCCUCUUCCUUUUAAAUACAGAGAAAUUUACAUUCUUUCCACACAGAAGUGCUUUAACUGCAUGUUUUCUUUAAAAUAUCUCUCAUUGACAUUGACCUGCACUCUGUAAUCACCAGCAUGGAGGGAAAGCUGCAUCCUUUUGGGAAAACCAUCCCAUGGGGAGAGGAGACCACUGGCUUGAAACUGGUGGGCCUGCUUUGAACAACAGCACUCUUUCCACAGCACACAUAAAAGACAAACAGCCUUUGGUGUCUCAGCUCAAAAUAGACUCUCAUAUUGUGCUGUUUUACCCACAAUGGCCAUCACACCCAGCUAUUAAAUAAAGUUUUAUAAAGUUAAAACAAAAAAACCCAGAAUGGAAUACUGGUCAAACCUGGACAAGGAAACAUGUUUAUUGACAUGU